AUGCUUGAUCCCAGACUCGCCGGCCGGCGCCGAUCCCGUGUGCAUGAGGUGCAAGCGGGAGCGAAAGGAGUGUAUCUUCACGUCAGAGCGGUCCAGAAGCAGUCGUCACGCCUUGCAAGUCAAGCAGAGGGCGAAGAGAGCCGGACGUCCAAUGUGUACGCAACAUCACGCAAUGGAACAACUGACAGCACAUCACAAUGGGACCAACGACCACAGACCCUCCUCGGUUACGAGGGUUCCUGUAGCCAUUUGUUAGGCUCAACAUCGAUGGAGCAGAGCUCAAAUUCACAACAGAAAGACUCUCCAUUGGGCGACUUAACGGAUCGUGUUACUAGAACGGUAGUUUCUAGUCAAUCCGAAGCUCUAAAUCUCUUAUUUGAAGCCGCCGAAGUUUACCACUCCAGCGACUCUGCAGCUCGGCCAACCGCAAAUAAUGCUGAGCCAUUGGAUGUCAGUGCGGACGGCGAUUCAGUACGGACACCUGGGUUUAAUUCUGUGAGGCUUUCUAAAGGUUGGGAAUGGGCAUAUCCUGCUGAAAAUGUUGUCCAACCUCAACCCGAGGUGAUUCAGGCAUUUGCUAGGCUAAAGUUUGUCAAAAAGCGAUGGUUGACUGCUCAGGAGGCGGCAACGUUUGUCAAUCUAUUUUUCAGGAACAUGUGUCCUUUCACACCUGUCAUUAGUGAUUGGUAUGGGAACCCUGAUAACUUUCUUAAUUUGAUUGAUACGGAGCCUGUCCUAUGCACUGUAAUCCUCACCAUAUCAAGCCGUUAUCAUUUAUUGCAUGGCGACGGCUGGCUGUCUCGCAGCUACUUUUUACAUAAUCGACUUUGGCGAUAUUGUCAAUCACUCUUCCAGCGUGUCAUAUGGGGGCAGGAGAAAGGUAUUGUAAGUCCGGCGCGAAGUCUAGGGACUGUGGAAGGCUUCCUCCUAAUGGCUGAGUGGCAUGCCCGAUCGCUGCAUCUACCUCCGGAUAUUGAGGCAUGGGAUUCGGAGGAUGAUACUCCCAAGGAUGCUACCUACCGAUGGCUAGAAGGUGUAGUAGAGCCGAUGAGAAGAUCGGAUCGGAUGUCUUGGUCUCUCAUUCAAUCUGCGGCUAGUGUUGGCCACGAGCUGGGGCUGUUUGACGAGGAGGGAAACAAUGACAGCAUCUCUGGAUCAACUACAGCUCAUGAAGUUCACAAACAAAGACGACAGCGAUUAAGAGUAGUAUUGUAUUUGUACAUGAACCAAUUGGCCUUCAGAAUCGGCUUUUCCGCGCUCAUUCCUCACACGCUAUUUAAUUUGUCGCAAAAUGCGCUCAAACAGUCACCAACUUCCCAGCUUAGCGACCAUUGGAUCGAAUCUAUGUCUUUGUGGGUAGAUCUCAGUCGACUGACACGUGCGUCUCAUGAUCUACUUUUCGCAUCAAAGGCCUCAACGCGAGAGCUUAUUAAAAGUGGAGGGUAUCGUCGAGUCUUGGAGCAUUUUAAGCCAAUGCUGGAAAAAUGGUGGACGAAAUACACAGCAGCCACAGCGGCUGGGCCAUUUCGUGAUUUUCUAGCCGUUGACUUUCUUUACACCAAGAUAUAUCUCUAUUCUCUGGCUUUACAAGCAGCGGCGGAACGCAAAAUGAGCCAACAAGCAAAUGAAGUGCCUAACAGUGUCAUGUCAUCAGUCUUUGACUUCAGCUAUGAAGACUAUAAUUUUAUACAAGGUGUGAUUGUAGCGGCGAAAGAUGUCCUCCGAAUCAUUCUUGGGUUUGCUGAGAUUGGGCGACUAAGGUAUCUGCCUGUUCGUACAUACGUGAGGGUGAUUUCAUCGUGCAUCUUCUUACUAAAAGCGCUCGCACUCGGGGUCCCUACGGACGAGCUCAACUCAUCUCUCGAACUCAUCGAUCAGAGCGCACGAGUGCUCCGUCUUCACAUCGUCGAUGAUUUGCAUCUGGCUGGAAUUUUUGCAUCUCUAUUAGAGACUUAUACACAAAGCUUCAGAGAGAGGUUUGUUAGUAUUCUGGGAGUUCCACGGCCAGCCAAUAGUGUUGCCUCAAGCACAGGGGGAUUCCCAGCUAGUGAACAUGCGGAGACUGAGUUGCCAGCAGUCGAUCCUAUCGGCGGAGAUUAUGGGAUCAAUCAGGACUGGCUUGCUCACCCAUUUGACGCAUCCAUUGCGCCAUUUGGAGCAGACUUGACGCAAACAUUCGGCGUAUUUGAUGAUGAGCUCAACUUCAUAUGGAACGAAAAUAUGUAA